AUGGAAGACAUGAGAACGAUUGAUGUGGACAACUCUACUGAUGUGCACUGUUACGUCGUCUUCUCACCAACUGUUCAUUUCGUGGAGUACGGCACAUUGAUGGGCGUGGCCAAGUUUCAGGGCAAACUGAAUGUGACCUUGAUGAGUAAAGAUCGUGAUCGGACGAACAUAACGUGCAUUGGUAAAUCAGCUCGUGCGGCUUUGGUUUUCGAUGGUUUGGACAGCAUCGUGAUCACAAACUUGACAUUUACCGGAUGCUAUGCACAAGAAAACGGUUUGCCGACUUUCUCUGUUGUGUCUGUCAUUAACAGCAGAAAGCUGAUAGUAAAUUCAUGCAGAUUUUUCGAAAACGAAGGCACCGGGAUUGGCAUACAAAAUGUGUACGAUUCAGUGAAACUAUCCCAUUGUAAGUUUAUUGGAUCAAAUGUUAGUACUUCGGCUGGAGUCCAAAUUUCUCUUGAUCACCAUUUACCCUCGACUUCAUAUGCUGUAGUGAUCACAAUAGAAUUUUGUCAUUUUUUAAAUUUAAAUGACAAACGGAUAAUCCAGACAGACAUCUGUUUUGGAAAUGGUACAGGAAUCUGUCUCCUCGGAAACCUCACAACAUACAGGUAUCCAGUAAAUAUAUCCAUUUUCUCUUCAGUUUUUGACAACAACAUUGCAGCGAAUGGUGCUGGUGUCUACAUUAAUGUGGACUCAUCACCUGAUGACUUUCAUGUUCUGAUUGAUAAGUGUGUUUUUUCCAAUUGCCGUACUCAGAGCAAUGUCUAUGUAGAGCACCAAGGGCACAUUCCAAAGCAGGGCUUUGGAGGAGCAAUUGUACUGUUGAUGUAUGGAGAAAGCAAAGGUACUAUUGCUAUAAACAAUUCCUUGUUGGAUUCAAAUUACGCAAAUGUAGGAGCUGCAAUUGCAGUUUUCUUUCUUGAAAAUUCUACUAAAAUUCACGUUACAGUGGCAAGUUCAAAUUUUACAAACAAUUUGGCUAAACUAGGUGGUGCACUUUCAUUGACUAGUAUCAUGAAGACAGGACAAUGGCCAGUGACAACGCUACUCCGAGACGCUUCGUUUGUUGGAAACAAAGUGUUGAAAGGAGGAAAAGGCAGUGCGUUAGUUACUCUUCAAGCUGACGUAUCUCUAACUGGAGUGACAAAAGUAAAAUCCAAUAAUGGAUCUGCAUUUCUAAUUAUUGGUCAUACUUGGGUGAUUGUAUCUGAUUCAGUCACAUUUUCUGACAAUCAUGGUCUGCAAGGUGGGGCAAUGUAUUUGAAUAAACGAUCCGCAAUUCGUUUCCACAAAGGUGCAACACUAACAUUUGAAAACAACACUGCAUAUAGUGGUGGUGCUCUGUUUGUGCAUAAUAUGGGUGUGUCCAGAGAAUGGCUUUUGCUUGGCACUACUGCACGGAAUUACUACUGUUUCAUAACUCCAUUUAGUAUUGAUAGUCAAGACAAUUUCUUUCCUAGCAAACAAAAACAUCUAAAAGCAACAAUCAAGUUUGUCAACAACAAAGCAGAUGUGGUUGGUAGAGGUGGAGCUAUCUAUGCAUAUUCAUUGGACGUUUGUGCAUGGCAAGAAGGCAGUGGCUUGAACUUUACACAUGCACUCAGAUCAUCUAGCUUUUUGUAUGUCAACAAUUGGCCCAACGAUAUGAGGUCCCAAAUGGUUGCAAUCAAUGCAACACUGGAAGCUGACACAAUGGACCACAAAACCAAACAUCAUUUGUUGAACAGUGACACUCGAUGUUCUGAUAAUAGAAAUGUCUAUUGUAUUACCCCUGGUAUUUCAUAUAUUCUGAAAGCUAGGGGACAAGAUUCUCUUGGUUAUGAUGUUUCUGGAGCAGUAAUAGUCAGAACAAAUACUACAAACAUAAACAUUUCACGUUAUCACCACCUGUUAACUCAUCCAGAAGGUCAAACUCAGGAAUUUCAAUUUACAGCUGGUAUUGGUUGGGCGAGCUUACACGUCACCGGUUCUCCGAACACAACAGCAGAAAUUUUAGUUCGACCUCAAAUGUCAUCCUUCCAGCAGGUCUUCAUUGUCAGGCUAAUCAAUUGCUUUGCUGGUUUUCGAUAUGAUUCAAAGUCUCGAACCUGCAAGUGUGAUAUUGGUAAAGGCAAACACAAUCAUAUCAGGGAAUGUCGAUACUAUGGUGAAGUAAGAGUGCAAGCUGGAUUUUGGAUUGGUCACAUUACUACCGAUGGACCUCUUGUAUCAUACAGUUGCCCAGUUGGUUAUUGCUCUUGCCAUAGUGACAGCUGCUGGUUUGAUCCACGUGUUCGACCAGAUAGACAAUGUACUAAAGGACGUGAUGGAACUCUCUGUGGAAAAUGUGCUGAAAACUACAGUGCAACAUUUGGUUCACUCUAUUCUAAAUGUGAACCUAACUGUAAGAAUGAAUACAAGUGGGAGCUUCCUUUACUGGGAUUAGUCUCAGCCUUUGUAGUGGUCGCUGCAGUCUUAUUCAACUUAAAUGUGGCUGCUGGUGUAUUCCGUUCAUUCGUGUUUUACUUCCAGAUGGUUGGAUUUACACUAAAUGCAGUUGCGCCGGGUGGAAUUCUCUCUCAGAAAUGGGUUGCUUACUUUGCUGGCAUUGCCAACUUGAACAUCCGGGAGGGUAUAUGUAUGUGGGAGAACAUGACACCACUUCACAGUACUGUGCUCCAGUACUUUAUGCCAACGUGCAUCUUUGUCUGUAUGGCUAUCUUUGUCAUCUUGGCUCGAAAGUUUCCUCGUAUGGCACGAAUUCCUGUCCUUCGUGCAUUUUGGAGUUUACUGACAUUGACUUAUGUUAGUAUAUCAUACACAACAUUUAUUCUUUUGCAAUGUGUGCCAUUAGAAGAUGGAGAUGAUUACUACUGGUAUGGAGAUGCUACCGUUAGAUGUUUUACUGGUCAACAUACCAAAUUUGCCAUUACUGCUAUCAUUAUUGCCAUUUUCUACGUUAUUCCAUUUCCUUUCUUUGUUGCAUUUGGUUUGCCUUGGAUUACCAAACUCAAACCAGUAUCUGACAUCAGUCUUCAAGCUUUCAAAGGGCAGUAUUGGUGGGGAGAAGGUUGGAAUUUUGGUCGAAGGCUUCUGCUAAUUGUUAUUCAUUGCUUUUCUGGUGAACCACAUCUCCAUCAGACACUGAUGAUUAUUUUCAUUUCUGCUUUUCUUGCAUUUCACGGUCAGCUUCAGCCUUACUUUCGUAUUCGUGACAAUAUUGUGGAGACAUGUCUUCUUUUCAAUCUUGUUGUUGUGAAUGCACUGCAGAUGCACACAUUUCGCACCCCUGUGCCAUCCUACAUUACAGAAACUCUGUUUCUUGUUCCUUAUGCUGCCGCUUGUUUUUGGUUCCUUUUCUAUGCUUGGCAGAGAUAUGGAAAGAAAGGGGGAAACGAAGAACGGAAAAGCAAAACCCCACAUGGGAAAAAAUCCAGUCAUAACACUGAUAGUGGUUCCCAGGAAAUGCAGCCUUUAAACAUGACUAAUGGCGGCAAAUCCAACCCGUCUAUAUCACUUGAUAAAGAUCAGAUAAUGGAUGAAUCAAAUGAUGCGCUGCGCGAGCCUUUGUUGAUUCUUACGUGCAAUUAGAAACAGCUUUGAUGGUCAAUUUUAUAGCUAUUGUUGUCUGUCUCUACUUUUAAUCAAACAACUGGAAGCAAACGAACGAUUUCAUGAUAUACUACAUUUUCAUGUAUAACAUUUUCAUCUAUACGUUGAUUUGUGCUGUACGCUUUGACUCUUACUAAAACAUGUUUGCAUUUAAUUAGCAUUUAUGGCGCUUAUACUUUAACCGUAACGAAAUCACUGCUUCUGG